AUGGAACAUGUAGGCAAUGGCAAAUGUACAAUUAUCAGUCCAGUAUCACAUAGACGGGGUUACCGGUCGCGGUCAGAAAUCCUCGGCGCACAAGCGGAACUGCAGCCGAGAUGGGUCGGUGCACAUGUCAAGUCGUGGCAACUAGACUUCAGAGUCACACCUUCUCCGAGGCCAGGGUCUCUCACACAUUUCUUUCUCCUCCCCACCUCUUUCGCAAUGCCUGCCGAUUCAGAUACUCAAACAAUGUCGUCGACCAUCGGCCCCGAUCUCCCAGUUCACUCGACGACUUCGAAUGCCCCGGGACGCGACUUCGGGUUCCUGCCUGUGCCUCGGUGCGCCCAUCUGGGUAGCUCUGGCGAGAUUGGUUAUGCUAGAGUCCUUGCGUUUGCAGUCGCGGCUACUUUCAGUGAGUGUCCCCGCGUUUCCGUUAGGACCAAUGUACUGACCGGGUUCAAAGCUGCAAUGAAUUUGUACUACUGCCAACCCAUUCUCGUACAACUUGCGGAAGCGUUUCAAGUCGACGACUUCCAAGUCUCUCGAAUUCCGAUUCUUCUCCAGGCUGGGCAAUUAUAUUUUCUAUAUUACUUCCAAUCUCAUCUGAUCCGACAUUCCAGAUACGCGACGGGUUUGCUAUUCAUCGCACCGCUAGGCGACAUAUUCCAUCGGCGGCAGCUCGUUCUGAUUCUGAUUCUAAUUUCGGGAGCCCUCACUGUCGGUCUCGCAUUGACGAGCUCAUUGAUCGCCUUUGAAGUCCUUUCUUUCUUGACAGCAGUCGCCACCGUGACCCCUCAGGUCCUGAUCCCUCUCACUGCGGAUCUGGCUCCAGCGAACCGGCGGGCAACCUUCAUCGCCCUCGUCCUUGCAGGGCUUCUCACGGGUGUUCUCGUUGCCCGUGUUUUCGCCGGGAUCAUCGCGCAAUAUUCAUCAUACCACAAUGUCUAUUGGAUGGGUGCCGGCGGUCAAUUUUUCCUCGCCAUCGUCCUCUAUCUGAUCACGCCACCUGUCCCGGUCAAAAACACCGGCCUAUCAUACUGGCAGAUCAUGAAGAGCAUGGCGAAAUUUGCAGUGACCGAGCCCAUCCUGAUUCAAGGAUGCAUCAUCUUUUUCUGCGGCGCAGCGAUAUUCUCCGGAUUCUGGGUUACCAUGACUUUCCUUUUGGACGGCGAACCCUAUAACUAUUCACCUUUGGUCAUCGGAAUAUUCGGUGUCGUCGGACUAGCGGGAAUAUGCAUGUCACCGCUCAUCGGACGGGCGGUAGACAGCCUUGUGCCCUGGGCUGCGAGCUUUGUUGCCAUAUGUUUCGUUCUGUCGUCUCAGAUCAUCGAGACGUUUGGCGCCGAGAAGAAUAUUGCCGCUGUUAUUAUUGCGACGCUGAUUCUCGAUGUCGGUGCUCAAGCUACUCAAGUCUCAAUGACGACAGUCAUUUUCGGAAUUGACCCACAUGCUCGGGCGCGUUUGAAUACCCUGCUCGUUGGAUCCGUCUUUCUCGGGCAGGUCACUGGAACUGCUGUUGGAACUAAACUAUAUGUUUCUGGCGGAUACAAGCUCUCCUCGGGCAUCCGCGUCGUCUUUGCUGGAGUUGAGCUUCUCGCGCUUCUGGCAAGAGGCCCCCAUGUCCCGAGGUACACUUGGGUCGGAUGGGCGGGCGGCAUGAAACUUCGGAAAUCGUCGCCAGCGCCACCGAUAGAGGCAGAAAUCACGGAGGCGGAGCUUAACUCCGGCGGAAAGAACCAGUAAUUCAUGAAAUAGAGUGUAUUUUCAGCCCCUCAGCGAAGCAGUGCAGGACUUUGAUCUCUUGGAAAGCUGGAGGAACAUGAGCCGCCGCGCAUCGCACAUAGUUCCAUCGGGCGGGGGGAGACCGAGAGUCGGCAACGCCAUGAAUCAGACUUUUUCAAAGGAUGUAUACCAUCAUUGCUCUGCGCAUGUACUGCGGCUCAGCGAGUAAUACCCGAAAGAGAGACAUAGCGGGCGAUGCUAUCCAACCAUUUAUCCAAUCGCUUGAUUUUGAUCUCUAAUAGCGUCAUUUUG